CUAUUUUUAAAUCUUUUUUUCUGAUCAAAGUAAACUACUAAUUAAAUACACUUUAUUCAAUAACUUAAUCUUUAAAAACACAAUCCUUCAACUAUGGAAGCUCAUGCAAAUGCCUUCAUUUCCACAACAAUUACGAUAAUAAUAACAAUGACGGUGAUAAUGGCAAGUAGUUUAGCUCAUAUAAAAAUACCCACUACAUUGGAUGGCCCAUUUGACCCGGUAACCCGAAAAUUCGACCCAUCUCUUCGUUUGGGCAGUGAUGAUUUGCCAAUGAGUCAUCCAAGAUUAAAAAAGAAUGUGACUUUGUAUUUUCCUGAACAAAUUGCUUUGGCAAUUUCUUCUGUUGAUUCAAUGUGGGUUUCUUGGAUUACUGGGGAUGCACAGAUUGGGAAGAAUGUGACACCACUUGAUCCAUCCAGUGUUGGUAGUGAGGUGUGGUAUGGUGAAGAAAGUGGAAAUUAUUCGAAAAAACGAAAUGGGGUUUCAAUGAUUUAUAGUCAGUUGUAUCCGUUUGAAGGACUUGAUAAUUAUACUUCCGGGAUCAUUCAUCAUGUCAAGAUUGAUGGUCUCAAACCAGGUUCAAAUUAUUACUACAAAUGUGGAGACAGUUCUAUUCCAGCUAUGAGCAACGAGCAUUUUUUUGAAAUGUUACCGUUGCCCAGCCCGAACACAUACCCUCGUAGAAUUGCAGUUGUUGGGGACCUUGGCCUCACAUCAAAUACAACAAACACAAUUGAUCAUUUAAUUGAAAAUGAUCCAUCUCUCGUUUUAAUGGUUGGAGACCUAAGUUACGCCAAUCAAUACCUUACAACUGGUGGCGAAGGUGCAUCUUGCUUCUCUUGUGCGUUCCCGGAUGCUCCCAUUCGUGAAACAUAUCAACCACGUUGGGAUGGAUGGGGAAGGUUCAUGGAGCCGUUGAUUUCUAGAGUUCCCAUGAUGGUCAUUGAAGGUAACCAUGAGAUCGAGCCACAAGUUUCUGGCGUCACUUUUGAAUCAUAUCUAAAGAGGUUUGCUGUCCCCUCCAACGAGUCAGGCUCAAACAGCAAUUUUUACUACUCAUUUGGUGCGGGAGGUGUACAUUUCAUCAUGUUAGGAGCAUAUAUUGACUACAAUAGAACUGGUGCGCAGUAUUCUUGGCUUCAAAGUGACCUAAGUCAACUAAACCGAAGUGUGACACCUUGGUUAGUAGCCGCGUGGCAUUCCCCUUGGUAUAAUAGCUAUGCAUCACAUUAUCAGGAAUUCGAGUGUAUGAGAAUAGAAAUGGAAGAGCUUUUGUAUCAGUACCAUGUUGACAUUGUAUUCUCUGGCCAUGUUCAUGCUUAUGAGCGGAUGAAUAGAGUGUACAACUACAGUUUGGACCCUUGUGGGCCCGUGUAUAUCACCAUUGGAGAUGGUGGUAAUAUUGAGAAAAUUGAUGUGGAUCAUGCAGAUGAACCAGGAAAGUGUCCUUCGGCUAGUGACAAUGUACCCGAAUUUGGAGGUGUAUGUCAUACAAAUUUUACAUCUGGUCCUGCAAAGGGCAAGUUUUGCUGGGAUAAACAACCCGAAUGGAGUGCUUAUAGAGAAAGCAGCUUUGGACAUGGCAUUCUUGAGGUUGUGAAUUCUACAUAUGCACUAUGGACAUGGCAUAGAAAUCAGGAUAUGUACAAGGAAAACAGUACUGGUGAUCAGAUCUACAUUGUACGCCAACCGGAACUGUGUAUGGUUUCUCCACACCAGUACAAUCAAAGGAGGCCAUCAGGUGCAACCGGAUUUGGAAUUCUCAAGUUACAUGGUCUGUCUGCUGGAUCAUAUGACCAGCAUUCUUCCAUCAGCGCUUUCCAUCCACGAUCACAACGUUCAGGCACGGGGGGCCGUAGUGUAUUACUCAUGAUUCCACCUUCAUACAGAAAUAGGUUCAGAGACGUAGUAACCAUGGUUAAAAAUGACUGAUCAUGUAUUCGUGUCUAGGAGAUAAGGAUGUUAACUUGGGAAAA